GAAGUUUUGAACCUCUGGCUACAUUAGUGCUUGAAUUUUAAAGUGCGUAAACACACAAUGUUUCUGAUGUUCUGAUGUCCUGUCGAUGUCAAGUGUGCGUCUAUUUAAAUAAUUCUGAAUGCGAUGUGUUUAUAGUCGAGAAUAGGUCAUUUGUGGGUCAUUUUAGGUCGGUCUACAACCCAUGAAAAACACUUUAAUGCAGCGUUGACAGCUUUUUCGUCCACAACAGAGCAAGAGGCGUGCUGCAAUGUCACCUGCUGAAGCAGCGCCAAGGAAAAAACACGUUCGCUUCGCCAGGAUGGAAGGGGACGUUGACCAUGACGACCAGGAAGAGAAUACUCUUUUUGACAAGCAGAAAGAUGUUAAGGAAGGACUAAAAAGCGUUUUAAAAGGGGGUAAAGGGAUUCUCAGCCAGGGGUCUGGUCAGGUGGAUGUAGUUAGACCCGGUCGAAGCAAAACUGGGACAUGCUGGCGAUGGCUGGUCAGUCUUGCGCUUUGCUCAUCGUUUCUCGGGCUGGGAAUGGCCAUCUCUGUAUUGGGCCCUACUUUUGAAGACCUGGCCAUCAAUGUCAACAAGAACAUCAGUAACUUAUCCUAUAUAUUUGUGGGUCGUGCUUCUGGGUACAUUGGAGGCUCCUUGUUAGGAGGGAUCCUUUUUGACUUUGUGAAUCCCCAUCUUCUUUUGGGCUUCGCAUUGCUAACCACAGCUUUUGGGAUGUCUGGGACUCCCUUCUGUAAAAAGGCUUGGGUGCUCACUGUUUUGAUGUCCAGUGUUGGAGUGUCAAUGGGCGUUUUAGAUACAGGCGGUAACGUUCUCAUACUGAACACGUGGGGAGAGCAGGCUGGGCCUCACAUGCAGGCUCUGCAUUUUAGUUUUGCUGCUGGAGCCUUUGCCUCACCAAUCAUAGCCAAGCUGCUCUUCGGCCACCACAAUUCCUCCACUAACACGUCUCUGAUGUCUGGCCAUGCCUCCAAGACUAUUGACGCAGUCUUGCCGUUCUCCCAUGCGAAGGGCACCUCUACGAUCGACCUACCGUGGAUGUGGGCCUACAUUGUGAUAGGCGCUUUUGUUUUGUUGGUGUCACUUCUCUUUUUCUCCUUGUACUUCUGCAUUUCCACAAACUCAAAUAGGACAAAGACGGCCUCGGGAAAGCAGCAGUUCUCCAAACACCACAACACACUCAUAAUCCUGCUGUCCAUGUUCUUCUUUUUCUAUGUUGGAAGCGAGGUGGCAUAUGGUUCCUUUAUAUUCACCUACGGAAAGGAUUACGUUCAUAUGGAGGAGACCGAGGCAGCAGGACUGAAUUCGCUGUUCUGGGGAGCAUUCGCAGCCGGUCGGGGUCUGGCCAUAUUCUUUGCGGCCUGCCUACAUCCGGGCACCCUGAUUCUGCUGAGCUUAGUGGGCACCACGGUUUCCUCCCUCCUGCUUUGCCUUUUCAGCCAGAACUACCCUAUGCUCUGGGCUUGCACUGCUCUGUACGGCAUCUCCAUGUCUACAACUUUUCCCAGUGGGAUUUCAUGGGUUGAGCAGUACACGACUGUGACCGGCCGCUCGGCUGCAAUAUUUGUGGUGGGCGCAGCUCUUGGAGAAAUGGUUCUCCCAGCACUAUUGGGCUUCUUACUGGGGCAUGUGCAGAAUCAUCCCUUGCUGAUGUACCUGACGCUAUGCACAGCCACCUUCACUUCGAUUCUGUUCCCCGUCCUAUACAAACUAGCCUCACCAGGAGGGAAUGUCACCUUACGGAAAAGUUCAGGGAAAUGCACCAUCAAGGAUGCAGACGACAGCGAGUACCGCCAAGCCCUGCUGGAGAACAUGGAGGAGCAGGAGGAAAACGAAAGCGAAGCCGACCUGUGCAACGAUGCAGACUUUGAGGUCAUCGAAAUGGAUGACGCCAGCCUGUUGAGCUCUCCGAAAUCCUCACCGCCAGCUGAUGUUGCAGCCAGCGUGCCUGACGUCCACCUGGUUGCGUCCCCACUGUCAGAACCUAACAUGCUGUCCUUUUCCACAGACUCUCCUAGAAGCAAACUCUAAACAGAGUUCUCAACAGAGAGAGGAAAGACUAAUAGAUUGCACUACAUCCAAGAGGUCUCGGCAUUUAGCCAGGAACUGAAAAUCCGCUGCUAUGAACCUUCACAUCAGCGAGCUUAAUCCUUCACGCCAGAUCCACCUGAAGCCUAAUGCAUUUUGUAUCGAGCCAAAAGUUCACAUGAUUCAGUUAAUUCACUGCUUUCUGACUCCCAGUUGCAUGCAUUUCAAUGAGUUAUCAGGAUGUAAUUGCAAAUCAGCGUAUUUGUCAGACAGUUGCUGUGAAACUGGAAUAUCGAUCAUCAUCUGCUAUUUAUUUGACUCUAAGCUAACUAGCACAAUACCAGUACACUAGUCUUGAGGGCUGUGAAAGGAUUAAGUAGUGUGCGCUUGUGGUCAGAUAGUACUAAGAACACAUCGUAGAUGAAAUCAUUGCUCAAGUCCUUUAUAUUUUUGUGUUCAUAAGACAAUUAUAUUAAUUUUCCAAUAAA